AGGCAUAAAACUGCUUAGAGAAAGAUAAGAAGCUGCUCAGUGAGUGCUAGUCAGUCAAACGUUGCAUUAGAUCCCUAACAGAUGUCAGCGUGAGCUCCAGUCAAGGUCCCUUCCAGUUCUCUUCUGGAUCCCCCAGGAGUACUGCAAGGUGUAACUUGGCCCAUAUAGGAAGUUUCUAUAGACCUUCAAGUACAGGUGCUGGGGCCAGCAGCAUGCAUGCCUCCCUCUACUCUACCCGACCCCCUGGAGUAGGGGCAUCUUGGGGAAGUACUGGUGUGAGCCAUGGAGAUAGCAUUUUCCUGGGUGGGAAUGAGAAGCAGAUGAUGCAGAACCUGAAUGACCGUUUGGCUGCCUAUCUGGACAAAGUACGUUCUCUAGAAGCAGCCAAUGCUCAGCUUGAAAGCUGCAUCGUAGAAUGGCACAAGAAAAGAUCUCAUGGGAAGCGGUAUGACUUCAAUCAGUUUGAGCAAAGCAUCGCUGACAUGCAAGGACGGAUUCAGGAUGGCAAAGUCAACAAUGCCAGUGUUCUUCUGCAGAUUGAUAAUGCUAAACUAGCAUCUGAAGAAUUCAGACUCAAGUAUGAAGCAGAAAAAUACCAAAGGCAAGGAGUGCAAUUUGACGUUGAAAACUUGCGUAAGGAACUUGACAACCUGACCAUUGUGACAACAGACCUGGAAAUGGAAAUUGAAGGUUUGAGGGAAGAGCACAUACUCAGGAAGAAAGACCAUGAGGCGGAUAUGCACAAACAACGUUCAACCAAGGAUGUCACCGUUAAUGUGAAGGUGAAAGCAACACCACCAGAAGAUUUGGCCAAGAUUCUAGCAGGGAUAAGAGAGGAUUAUGAAGCCAUUAUUGAAAAGAACCGCCAAGGCCUUGAUGUCUGGUACAAAGAGCAGACUUCAGCAGCAUCCCUGGCAGUGACCACCAGCCCAGAACAAAUACAGAACAAUGACAAAGAGAUCAAGGACCUGAAGCGCAUUUUCCAGACACUGGAGAUUGAGCUGCAGGCACAGUUAAGCAAGAAACAUGCCCUGGAAGAUACCUUGUCUGAGACCCGAGCUCACUAUGCCUCUAGGCUGCAGAAUAUACAAGAGUUCAUCUCUAAAUGUGAGGAAGAACUGAGUGAGCUCCGUCAUGAUGUCAGGUGCCAAAGCAACAAGUACAAGGUUCUUCUUGGGAUCAAAACCCGCCUGGAGAAAGAGAUUUCCACUUACCAGCUGCUGUUGGAGGGAAGGACUGAUGAGAUAACAAGGAACUUUGAAUCAAGUGCUAAAGAACAUACGGCAUCGACUGACCACAGGCUGAAGACAAUUGUGCAAGACAGUGUGGAUGGACAUGUGGUGUCCACCACCAUAAAUGAGAUCCACCAGCUGGAAUAAAGCAACAUAUUACUUGCUGGCUCUGCCAAAACCAGAUGUGUGACAUGGGACAAGUUCUAUCACUGUUUUAUAUCUCAGUUUCUCCACCUGUAAAAUGGGGAUGAGUCUGACCUCCUUUGUUAAGUGCUUUGAGAUCUAUUGAGGAUCUCAGUAAGAUCUUUGUAAAAGCUAGGUGUCAUUAUUGCUGUUAUUAGUUUGAAGAAAAAUUCUUCUAACCAUUAAGACAUGAAGGACAAGCCAUUCAAUGAAAAUGAUCAAGCCAUGUAGCUAAUGUAUGUAUCAUACAUGUCUCACUAGUGCCAUGAAUCUGCUCAUCUCCAUCUUCAAUUCACUUAUUUCUUUGUAAACUAACGAUAAUUUAAAGUUAAUAAUUUCCCAAAUUUUGUGCCAAAUUUGGGUACUUUGUAUUUCUUCUUAUUGUAAACACAAUGUCUCUAAGAUAAACUUGUUCCAAUUACUUUUAUUAGUAGUUAGGGGGGUGUAGAAAAACCAUUCAGAAGCCUUUUUGUAUUUAGAAUCACUGACAGACUCAAGAGGCAUGAAGAUCUUAAGUUUCUUGAACCUGGAUCAGCAUAAAAAAUACCCAAAAAGUAGUGACAAGGUCACAAAGUGCUAUAGGUGCUUAUUACCUAAAAAAGGCCCACCUGGUAUUUCCUGUGCAUAGCUUUUUUAAUCUCAGGGUUUUAAACAACAUUGCUUUUAGCAUUGUUUUAAAUUGUAUUGGAUAAAAUGCCCAUUGUGGAAAUGCUUAUUUUCUUCUCCAAGCUUCUGCAACAGGCACCUGCCUCUUAAAAUGUUCCUUUCAUCACUUGCUAUUAUUAUUAUUAUUAUUAUAGAUUGUAAAUUGUCCAGUGAUUUUCUUCACCUUCCCAUUCCCAAAUUUUCUCUGUGAUCCAAUUAACCAUCACUUGACAGGUACCUUGAAACAGAUUCUCAUAUCUCCCAUUGUUGGUGUUGAAUAACAGAGAUAAAGAGACAGACAGAAAGAUGCAAUAAGUACUGAGGAGCCAGAGCAUGUAUCCUGUGAGGAUCAGAUUUGGUGCGGGGGCAGGGACAAAUAAUAUGGUUGGUUUUUUUCAGUUUAAACAUUUUUUCAUGCAAAAGAAUUUUGGUCAAAACAAUUUUUUAUGGGACAUGUUUGAUUUCUUUGACUAUUGGAGGUAAGGCAAGGGUUCAUUAAAAUAGAUGAACACUGAACACCUUAGGAGUUUCAGAUGCCAAAAAUUGAGUACUUUCAGUUUCGUUUUGUGUUUUCAAAAAAACGUAAAAAAUGUUUAAAAAGGGGUGUUUGAUUAAAACAAUGUUUAUUAUAAUCAACAUUUUUUUCAAGAAAAAAAGUCCUGACCUACUCUAGUAAUAAUGAGAAAAAGGGUCUGAUGACCUAUCUUAAUUGUCACUGAAGUCAAGGAAAGCUUUGGUAUGCCUGGAAAACAAACUCACAGUCACUGUAGCUAAUAUCUCCCCACACAGCACAUCAGCAUAUUACCAUAGUCAUAAGAGGUCAUCUCAGCAGUAACGGAACAAGUGGCAAUGAAGUGCAAUGAUAAGCGUAGAAUCAGGGAAACAGAAUCAACAGGAGUGGCUAUUCAAGCUGGGACGACAGGAAAAUGGAUUAAAGGAAGCAAGACAACACAGAGCAUAAUAGGUUUUUAUGGGUGACACACUCAGUAAACAUCUAUAUCAGACAAAAACAUUUUCUUUUGGUCAGUUUCAUGUCAACAGGACAGACAUUGUAAGUCAUUUGUACCAGCUGGUUCUCACUUCAAAUGGGCUUGCAUAUAUAUUUUGUCACUUGUCUUGCACUGAAACAGGGUUUAACAGAAGGUGAAAACUUCAGCAACUCAUGAAAAACGCACUUCUAAAACAAACAAAUUCCAGCCCUA